AGUAUCUGCACGUCUAAGUACAGAGUAUUUCCCCACCUUUGCGAACUAAUUUUUUUUUCUUCUUGGGUUGUAGGUCUCUGGCAGUGGGUAGCGGCAGCAUGAUGUGUCGCGUAGGUAGUGUGGUGGCACCGUUUUGCGUGUACCUGGCCGACGUCUGGAUCUACCUGCCUCAGCUCAUCGUGGGUAUCCUGGCUUUCAUCAUCGGCAUCCUGACGUUGAUGCUGCCUGAGACGCUGGGCAAGCCCCUAACGUCCACCUUGAAGGAGGCCGAGGCUCUGGGACAAAGCGACAAGAAGAAGGAUGCGGCAUGCGGGCUGGAGAUGAACCAGCACGCGUGAGCAAAAA